UGGGUAUAACUUUAUGGAACCAAGGGGCGGUAGAUCGAAAAACUUUGGGAAUCAUUGAUCUAACUCAGGGGUGGCCAACAGUUUUUGCCCCAGGGCCGAAUUGGAAAGAGAACUUUCUUCACGGGCCGAACCAGAGGCUGCCCUAGGAAGAUUUUGAGGUUGUGCGAGAUCUCAUUGUAGUGUCACCCCGUAGAGACUAAAUUGUACAUUGAGAUUACAGAUACAUUUUUCACAUUAUCGUGCAUUAUCAACGUUCUACGCUGUACAGGUACUUAAGUGAUUUGUAAUGGAGGGUUAACUCUAGCGAGUUGACCUUUUUUUUUUUUUAGGCAUUAGAAUUUUUCAUCGAUCUAUUCUGACUUGAGUAGCUAAUAUUGAAAGUUUAAUCGCAGACCACGUAAAUCCAUUACACAGGCCACAUCCGGCCCGCUGGCCGUAUGUUGGCAUGCCUGGUCUAACCUUUCUGUGAAGCUGUUACUCGUAAUGCUAAAUACUGCAUAUCUCGCGAGGGAAAUACUUGUCAUUUGCUUGGGUUUACAAGAAAUAAACACGAGUUUGUAUUUGGCAUAUCUACAUCUAAACACGUAUUAUCUUGUUAUUUCACAACCUAAUUCAAAAUAUCCCGUGUUUUUGCCUUCACUAUUUUUGGUUGAUAUUCACUAAUUUAAUAGUAAUUUUAAAAAAUAAAGUUAUAAGAAUUUAUGCAAUUAUUAACAAUUUUGUACCAAGUGUUAUUAACUGUCCUAUUUAAAUUGUAUGUAAUCAUCGUUUUUAAUCUUUCUUCCUGCUAGAUAUCCAAAUUCCACGGGCUAUCAUUCUUUUAACAUGGUUAUGCCAUUUUUUCCUAAACGCAGAAAAUAUGUAGAAGGAUAGGGGACAACGCCUCGAUCUGUAAAAGAAUAAAAAAAUGUACCCCAAAAAAUGCAUUCACAUUUUUGGACUGCUCUGUAUACAUUUGAUAAUGUAAGUUAUAUAUAAUGUGAGCAUUCAAAACUUGUUUGUUUUAUGUAGUUCGAGUUAUCCAAUAAUAUAAUUUUUAUGCAAAUAAUUUACUUUUAAUACGAUUACUUCUAGCACCAUCGAAGAAUCUGUCAAUGACGUGCAGUAAUAUCAGCAUGAAAUUUGGCAAAUAAAACAUUAAUUUCAUGUUUAAAUUCUCCAUGUGUUGCAGGUUUUAUAAUAUAUAUAAGUUAUUAUGUUUUGAGUAAUCACAAAGGUUAGAUUUAGUACAUUUUUAAGCUUACAAUAUCGGUUUUACAAUAACCUAGUUUUAAACAAUGGAGUACAUUAUAACUACUAAGAAAUGAUUACUUAUUGUUGUCAAUGUGUAAUGUCAAUAAUGCCAGAUUGUGUCGUAACGUUAUUGAUUAUUCUGACACAGAUAAUCAAUUACUACUACCCAUAUUGGCCCAUAGAAGACGUUUGUAUAGAAGUCAAUAGAAUAACGAAAAACCACGAAUGGAAAAGAUUAUUUUUAGCCACAUUCUACCAUUUAAACAUAAUUCAUCUCGUCUUAAACGUUGACUCUCUGUAUACCGUUGGUCGUGAUCUCGAAAAUGAAUUGGGUGGCUUGACGUUUUCUUGGAUUUUCAUCUUUACUACAUUUUCUAGUAAUAUCAUCCUGGUGACGUUUUUGUAUAUCCUGGGAAUAAAAUGGCCAAUUUAUUCUCAGCAAUGUGUAGUGGGAUCUUCUGGAGUUAUCUUCUCUCUUCAUACCUUUUGCUGCUACUUUUGGCCUUUUUGUGAGGUCGAAAACGUACGAGUCCACAGAUUCUCCGUUAUUUUAACUAUGUUGAUUUGCAUUCAUUUGAUAUUUUGGAAUUCCUCGUUUUUGGGACAUAUUUCUGGUAUUCUUGCUGGAGGAAUAUGCUGUUUAUUAAUGCUAGCAAGAGAGCAUCUCUCGGUAUGAAUAUGGACAUUCCGAAAGUUUUUGACGUUAAUAAAUUUUGAAGGAGUUAAACACGAUAAUUUUGAAAGAAAUGAUAUUUUUUGUUUGAGAAACUUAAAUUAUACAUUUAAAAAUUAAUUUUCGAUAAAUUUGGAAAGAAUUCCUGUAGAAUUAAAAAUUUUAUUUUAUUUGUAUUGCUUAUUUUGAAACUUUAUAUAUUAUUUAUAUUUAAGAGAUAUAAUCAUAAAGCUCGAUAGAAGUAAACCGUCAAGUAAGCGAGCGAACAAACGAACGGUUAACAAAGCAAACCUCACUAUACUGGAAUUAGAACACUUUGUCUAUCCGAAUUUACAUUUAUUUAAAAAACUAAAGAUAAACCGGAAAAAUUAUGAAUAUCGUGGUUUAGGGCAGUGAAGAUGGACCAAAACUGAAUUCAAAACUUAGUAACUCUAAAUCACAAGUCAAAUAUUUAAUUUGAGUAAUUAAAAACUAAAAAGUUAAACUUGUAAUUUUUUUUAAUAUAAAAAUAACAGUAAACUCUACAUAAUUGUAAAGAAAAUAAUAACAUGAUUAUAACAAACAUGUCUUUUAACGGCAAAUCUAUUUGUUUGAGGAUAAUUUCUCUAUCUGAACUAUCGU